ACGGCCAGUAGGGUGAGACUGGAGGAGGCGUCCCGGCCCGUUCUGACAGGCGUCCGUACCGGCCUGCUGUCAGAGGGCGUUUUGGAAGUGAAGCAUGCUGGGAGGUGGCGUCAUGUGUGCGACCAGGGCUGGGACCUCAGCGGCAGCCGUGUGGUGUGUGGCAUGCUGGGAUACCCCUCCGCCGAGGCAUACGACCACACCGUCUACAGGAAACUAUGGGACGCCAAGUUGGCAGAUCCCUCUACAAGACUAGCAGGUCUGUCCAGUAAGAAGGGUUACUGGGUAGAGCAGGUCAAGUGUUUGGGUACGGAGCCUGUCCUCUCCCAGUGCCACUCCCAGCUCUCCCUCCCCAGGAACCAGGUCACCUGUCAGGGGGGCAUGUACGCCGUGGUGCGCUGUGUACCUGGACACCAGUUCACACGCCUCUCCUCGGGGAGACCGCCCGCUCCCCCCGACGUCCAGCUGGGGGUGCGUCUGAAAGCAGGCCCCAGGCUGGGGGAGGGCAGGGUGGAGGUACUGAGAGAGGGGAAGUGGGGGACCGUGUCGGACCACCUGUGGGACCUGAAGGCAGCCAGUGUGGUCUGCAGGGAGCUGGGGUUCGGAUCGGCCAAGGAGGCCCUCAACAAGGCCCAGCUGGGACAGGGUACUGGACCUAUUCAUAUGAACUCAGUUCAGUGUACAGGCAGAGAGAAGUCUCUGCUGCAGUGUUCUUUCAGGGAGGUUCCUCUCUACAGUGUAAAACACACUAAUGACGUGGCUGUGCGCUGCAACGUCCCCAACACUGGGCUGGAGACCACGGUGCGGUUGGCGGGGGGCAGGGAGCCUGCAGAGGGGCGUGUGGAGGUGCUGAUGGAGGUGGGAGGGGUACAGCGCUGGGGGGCCGUCUGCAGUGAGAACUGGGGCAUCAACGAGGCCAUGGUGGUGUGCAGACAGCUGGGCUACGGCUUUGCAAACAGAGCUCACCAGGAGACGUGGUACUGGCCCGGAGCUCCGGAGGCAGCAGAGGUGGUUCUGACUGGAACCCACUGCAUCGGCACAGAGAUGUCCAUUCAGCAGUGUCGUAGGAACACACAGGUCUACUGUCCCAGGGGAGGAGAUGGCAAGGCGGCUGGGGUCACCUGUGUUGAGACGGCCCCUGACCUGGUAUUAGAUGCCCAGUUGGUCCAGGAGACAGCCUACCUGGAGGACCGCCCCUUGCACCUCCUGACCUGUGCCAAUGAGGAGAACUGUCUGUCGUCCUCUGCUGCCCGGAUGAGAUGGCCUUACGGACACAGACGCCUGCUACGAUUCUCCUCACGCAUCAUGAACAUGGGCCGGGCCGACUUCAGACCUAGAGCGACCAGGGAGUCCUGGACCUGGCACCAGUGUCACAGGCACUACCACAGCAUUGAGGUGUUCACCCAUUAUGACCUUCUGACCCUGAAUGGAACGAAGAUCGCUGAGGGUCACAAAGCCAGCUUCUGUCUGGAGGACACCUACUGCCCCGAAGGUAUGCAGAAGCGCUACUCGUGCUACAACAUGGGAGAGCAGGGUAUCCAGGUAGGUUGCUGGGAUACAUAUCGCCAUGACAUCGACUGUCAGUGGAUCGACAUCACAGACAUCAGCCCCGGGAGUACAUCUUUCAG